UGAAAAGUCAAAAACUCGUAAUUUAGUAGAAACAAAAAAAAAUUAAUAGGUCUUAUAGCUUAUAAAUUUUAUAUACUUCACUUUUCUAGUAAUUUAGUGCACAAUAUAUUAAAUCUCUAAAUAUGCCUUCUUUUACAGUAAAAGUAAAAUGGGGAAAGGAAAUUUUCAAUUCUAUUGAAGUUAAUAACGAUGAAGAACCUUUAGUUUUCAAAGCCCAAUUGUAUGCUUUAACCGGGGUUCAACCAGAAAGACAAAAGGUUAUGUGCAAAGGCUGUGUUCUUAAAGACGAUGAAUGGAAUAUGCAACUGAAAGAUGGAUUGACGAUAUUAUUGCUAGGUACAAAAGAAGAAGUACCAAAAGAGCCGGUUGAGAAGACUUUGUUUGUAGAGGACAUGAACGAGUCGGAAUUAGCUACAGCUCUUGAACUGCCGGCUGGAUUAUCUAACUUAGGUAACACAUGCUACAUGAAUGCUGUAGUUCAGUGUCUGAAAUCGGUACCAGAAUUAUCGGACACAUUGCAAAAUUUUGAUGAUAAUAUUUCGUUAAAUCUGUCUGCUCCAUCAACUUCAAUAACUGCAGCACUAAAAUUAUUAUUUAGAGAGAUGGAUAAGGAAAAAACCGUAACCCCAAUACUGUUUGUACAAACAAUGCAUUUAGCAUUCCCUCAAUUCGCCCAAACAGGUGAAAAUGGAACAUAUAGGCAACAAGAUGCUAGCGAAUGUUGGUCUGAGCUACUUAAAAUGCUACAGCAAAAAUUACCUCCUAAGGAUAGCACCGAAGCAAAAAAAUAUAACUCUUUUAUUGAACAAUUUUUUGGAGGAAAAUUUCAAGUAACAAUGAAAUGUGAUGAAGCACCAGAAGAACCUGUCAAAGUUAGUGAAGAAACGUUUUUGCAACUUAAUUGCUUUAUUUCAUCUGAAGUGAAAUAUAUGCAUAACGGUGUAAAAUCGAAACUAAAGGAAACAUUAACUAAGAACUCUGAAUCACUAGGGAGAGAUGCUCUGUAUACAAAAUCUUCUUUAAUAAACCGUUUACCAGCGUAUUUAACAGUACAAUUUGUUCGUUUUGAAUACAAAGGAAAAGAAGGAAUUAACGCUAAGAUUUUGAAAGACAUAAAAUUUUCCCUUGACUUCGAUGUGUUUGAAAUGUGCACGCCAGCUUUACAAAAAAAAUUGACCCCAAUGCGUGAAAAGUUCAAGGAAGUUGAAGAUAGAAAAUUGUUUAAUAAAGGAAAUUCUUCAGUGAAUAAUGAGAAAAAAGUUGAAAGCUAUGAAAACUACUGGUUUGAUGACGAUUUUGGAAGCAAUAAUUCAGGUUAUUAUACUUUGCAGGCUGUUUUAACUCACAAAGGACGUUCUAGUUCGUCGGGUCAUUAUGUUGCAUGGGUAAAACAAAAAAGUGGCAGCUGGGUAAAGUUUGAUGAUGAUAUGGUUUCAUCAGUAACGGAAGAAGAAAUUUUACGGCUUUCUGGUGGAGGUGAUUGGCAUUGUGCUUAUGUUUUAUUAUAUGGGCCAAAACUUUUAGAAAAAACUGAGGAAAAGGCUGUAUAACUUAUGUAGCUGUUUGUAAUUCUACACUACUGAGACACAUAAAAUUACACAAAUAUAAAAUGCAUUCGUUAUAUGUACAUAAAAAAUAAAUUUUUGUGUAAUAAAACUAUUUGUAACAAAAGUUUAAAAAAAUUUUAA